AUGAGUAAUAUCGAAAGCGUAACUAUGCUUGUUUGUUGGGAAAAACAGCGGCGAAGCAUGGAUGUGGAUGUCAAUGAUAAUUUGAAUGGUAUUAAAGAAAAGAUUAUCCAAACGUAUGGUAUAAAGGGAAAAAAGGAUUUUCUGGAGUACCAAAUCCAAUAUUUCGACGAAAACUUUCAAUCAUUUGUCGAUUUAUACGAUGGUACAAUAGAUCGUUUUCGGACGCUUCUCCGUAAUCUUCGAAAACUGGAUGAUUCCACGAAGAAGGAGCAAAUUUGGUGUUUGAAUAUAGUUUCUGAUGAAACCAAAAUAAUCAGUCGCAAGUCCAGUGACCCAUUAACUGUUGACACAAAUAAUCAUCCACCAAAGAAUAACAUCGACAAAUAUACACAACAAGCAACAUUUGAAACAGAUAAUUCAAUUGACGAUAGUACACCAUCAGAUUCAAUGGAAGAUACAGACGAUACACGUUUGACGAGUAGUCCUUUGCAUAGAGAACACGACCAUCAACAGCAAACAUGGAAUGAACUUUCGUCUUCAACGCAUCCAUUACAACUUCGUUUUGGGAUUGACAUUGCCGACCGUCAACGAAGACAAUACGAAAGCGAUAUAUGCAAAAGAAACUCUAACAAUAAAUCAUCCCUAGGCGGAGUUUUCCUACAAGGACGCAACUUAGAUAACAGUUCAUCACAUCCAACCGUCCAUUUUCAAAUUCCGCAAGACAAACACAAACUUCGCUGGUAUUUGCACUUUUAUGUGCUAACUGAGCGUGAUCAACAUGGUCAGCAAUAUAUUCAUGCGUCAAAAGGUAUUUACGACAAUGAAACCGAAUCUCAAGAUCGAUUCGGACCGAUUCUGAACUCCAAUGCUGUAAAUCCAUAUGUUGUCGAAUUAAAUGAAAACCAGAUUCAGCAGGAACAAUAUGAAAUCCGUUUACGUGUGUGCAACAUUCAUAAUCUAUCAGAUCACAAGCGCAGUAAAUUACGAAAAUUUCCGGAAUUGCACACUCGAAACAUAUAUAUGGAUUCGCGUUUAUUGUCGUCAUGUACUUCGAAUAGUUUGAAACUUUCCUGUGCUAAUUUUCAUCUCGGUUGUCUUCUCAUUAGUGGUAAUCGAAUCGAAGAUCGAUGUAUUUCACAAUUGACUACUGAAAAUAAACAACGAAAAAGAAAAAAAAUGAGCGAAUAA